AUGCCUCAGUUAGUGCCAGUUUAUAAUCAGGAAAAAUCCUUAAAGGAGCAAGAUGAUAAAGAGUUAUUGAAACAUAGGAAUUGGGAUUUUGCCCACUCCCUAGUGAAAUUAAAAAAAAAAGAAGACGAUGGAAAUUUUCCCGAUGCUUAUGAUAAUAAUCCACACUUAAAAAAAAGCAAUAACCUCAUAAAAAAUGAAAAAGGAUUAUGGGUACCAAAAAAGAGAAAAAAGGGUGAAGAUAAAAUUAAAUGUAAUAAAAUAAAAGACGAAACUGAAAAGGACCAAAAAAAAAAAAAACAUAUUCAAAAAAAUCGUAACAAAUCGAAUAGUUACGCUACCUCCGAUGAUUCGAACUAUUCCAAUCAUUAUAAUUCUUCAAACAGUUCUUAUAAAAAAAAAAAAAGAAGGAAAACAUUAGUUAGAUCAGCAUCAGUUAGAAAUAGUACGAGCUCAUAUUCUUCAGUUGUGCGUGAAAGCACGAAAAGGAGUUCUUAUGUAUGCAAUACCAAGAGAUCUAGUAAACAGAAAGAAAAGAAAAUGAAAAAUAAAAUAUAUGAAAAAGGCCGAAGAUGUCACAAGGAUGAGGAUAAUGAUGAUAGGGAAGAUGGGGAAGAUAGAGAAGUUAGUGAAGGUGAGGAAGAUAGAGAUGAUAGUGAAGAUAUGGAAGAUAGAAAAGAUAGUGAAGAUAUGGAAGAUAGAGAAGAUAGUGAUGAUAGUGAAGAUAGGGAAGAUAGAGAAGAUAGUGCAGAUAGGGGGGAUAGGAAAAAUAGGAAUAAUAGGAAAAAUAAGAAUCAUAGGAAAAGUAAGAAUCAUAGGAAAAGUAAGAAUCAUAGGAAAAGUAAGAAUCAUAGGGAAUACAGAAAAAGUGCAAAGAAACAUGAUAAAAAAAAAAAAAAAAAAAAAAAGUUGAAAUCGAAUGACAGCACAAGUGAAGACAACAACACAUCCGACGAACACAUGGAUGGAGAUAAUACUAAUUCGUUUGAACAGUCAAACAAAAAUGAACACAGUGCCAAUUCUGUGAAAAAAUUAAAUGAUAAAAACAUCAACCCCAGUGAAAUAAGUGACGAUAAACUGAGCGAAGGCGAUACUGUUUCCUCGGAUAGCGAUCUAAGUAAACUUCAGUACAUUGACCUAUCUGAUAAUACAAGAAAAAUUACAAAAAAUUACAACAGAAAAGAACUUUCUGGAAGUGAAAAUGAUAAUGCAAAUUCUGAACAAAAAGACAAUGGGCAUUAUCUUAAAAGGGAGCACAAUCGAAAGCCUGUGCAUAGGUAUGAACAUAAACAUGGAUUUCGACACGAUCAUAUGCAUCAUGCUAGAUACAGUGAUUAUAACCAAAAGGAUCUUGACGAGGAAGACGAAGAUGAGGAAGGAACAAAUAAACAUAAAGCUAUCAUGUAUCAUCAGAGAAAAGAUGAUUCUCAAGUAAGGAAAAUGUCUCCAUAUGACAAGAGAAAUAAUACUUACAGAGAGAAGGAAAGAAAGAGGAAAGAAUUAAAUUCAUCUGAUAACGAGAAUGAUUGGAAUUAUAACAAUAACAGAAAAUACGAUAGGAGAUAUCAUGAUCAUUCAAAUGACAGAAAUGAUAAAAGAUACAACUAUGAGAAGAAUAAGUAUUUCAAUAAAUGGGAUAGACAAGAAUGGUCUGAUAAUAGAAGAGGACGAUAUAGAAGAACCCAGUUAAGAGAUAAUUGUCAUUACGAAACGGUUGAAGAAAUAAAAAAUAAAUGUAUACCAAAUUUUGAUCAAAAAGAUGAUAACGCUCAAGAUGGAGAAAUUAAACGUGAUAACACAAAAACGGGUGAUAAAAACAAAUUAGAAAAUGUAGAAAUGACUGAAAUAGAUGAGGAUGAAAUAACAGAAAAAAAAAAAGUAGAAGAAAUAAAUAAAAAGCUGCAAGAAAAGCUUGAGGAGGAGAAAAUUAUGGAAUCAUUGGGUUUACCCCUUGGAUUUGUUUAA